UCCAACUCUCUCCUUCCAAAUUUUAAAAAUAUUCUCUCAGAAAAGCGUAAGCACGUAACGGAAAACACACUAACAACAAAAAUAGCUUCCCUUAUUCUCAUUUCUCUGUUCGUCUUCCUCUUUACUCUGCUACUCCUCUUUCGCUCUUCCACUUCCACACCCUCACUCUCAUUCCUUCCCUCGCUCAACCAACCAAUGGACACCUUGAUCGCACUCGUCAACCGAAUUCAGCACGCCUGUACGGUUCUCGGCGACCACGGCGCCGGCGCCGCUUUGCCUACACUCUGGGAAGCCCUUCCCUCCGUUGCCGUCGUCGGCGGCCAGAGUUCUGGAAAGUCUUCGGUUCUGGAGAGCAUUGUCGGUCGCGAUUUUCUUCCGCGAGGAUCAGGGAUUGUGACGCGAAGGCCUUUGGUGCUGCAGCUGCACAAAAUAGACGAGGGACUACAGGAUUAUGCGGAAUUUCUGCACUUGCCUAAGAAACGCUUUACUGAUUUCUCUUUGGUUCGAAAGGAAAUUGAAGAUGAAACUGAUAGACUGACUGAGAAAACAAAGCGGAUAUCUCCUGUUCCUAUUCAUCUCCGCAUAUAUUCCCCGAACGUUGUCAAUCUAACACUGAUCGAUCUGCCUGGUUUGACAAAGUUUGCUGUAGAGGAACAGCCAGAAAGUAUUGUUCAAGACAUUGAAAACAUGAUUCACUCAUAUGUUGACAAGCCUAAUUGCUUAAUUUUGGCAAUUACUCCUGCAAAUCAAGAUAUAGCAACUUCAGAUGCCAUCAAGGUUUCUAGACAAGUUGACCCUGCUGGGGAAAGAACUUUUGGUGUGCUGACAAAGCUCGAUUUGAUGGACAAAGGAACAAAUGCUCUGGACGUCCUUGAGGGAAGAUCUUAUCGACUUCAAAACCCUUGGGUGGGAAUUGUAAACCGUUCUCAGGCAGAUAUUAAUAGGAAUGUGGAUAUGAUUGCUGCUCGGAGGAGAGAACGUGAAUUUUUCACUACCAGCCCUGAUUACUCACACUUGGCCAGCCAAAUGGGCUCGGAAUAUCUAGCCAGGAUUCUCUCCAAGCAUUUAGAGUCUGUGAUAAGAGUUCGGAUUCCAAAAAUUGCAUCUUUAAUUAAUAGAAACAUUGACGAGCUCGAAGAAGAGGUGACACGCCUUGGUAGACCAGUUGCUGUUGAUGCCGGGGCUCAGCUGUACACUAUUCUAGAAUUAUGCCGCGAUUUUGAACAAGUAUUUAAGGAGCAUUUAGAUGGAGGGCGACCAGGGGGCGAUAGAAUUUAUAGGGUUUUCGAUCACCAGCUUCCUGCUGCACUGAGAAAGCUUCCACUGGACCGUCAUUUAUCGUUACAAAAUGUGAGAAAAGUGAUAUCUGAAGCAGAUGGGUACCAACCUCAUUUAAUCGCUCCAGAGCAAGGUUACCGGCGCCUCCUGGAGAGCUCACUUCACUACUUCAAAGGUCCUGCUCAAGCUUCAGUAGAUGCUGUUCAUUUCGUAUUGAAGGAAAUAGUGAGGAAGUCAAUUGCAGAAACACAGGAAUUGAAGCGGUUUCCAACCCUUCAAGCCGAAGUAGCAGCAGCAGCUAAUGAGGCAUUAGAGAGAUUCCGCGAAGACGGUAGGAAGACAACGUUACGGCUGGUGGAAAUGGAAUCAUCCUACAUUACCGUUGAUUUCUUCCGUAAACUUCCUCAGGAAGCUGAGAAGGGAAUGAAUCCAGCUCCCUCCUCUGUAGAACACUAUGCUGAGGGACACUUCCAGAGAAUUGGUUCCAAUGUUUCAUCGUAUGUCGGGAUGGUGUCAGAAACGUUGAGGAAUUCCAUUCCAAAGGCCGUGGUUCAUUGUCAAGUGAGGGAGGCUAACCGAUCUUUACUAGACCAUUUUUACGCACAACUGGGAAAAAAGGAGGAAAGGCAACUUUCACAGUUGCUGGGUGAAAAUUCCGAGUUGACGGAAAGGAGACAGCAAUGUGCCAAUAGGUUAGAGUUAUACAGGUCAGCAAGGGAUGAGAUUGAAGCUGUUUGUUGGUCGGGAUAAAAAGAAUUAGAUGAUGGCUCCUGCUUGUUACUAUUCGCAUAAAAAAUUCCAUUUAUUGAUUUUUUUCUUCUGCUUUUACGCUGAUCUCGGAUUCAGAACUCCACUUAUGUGUACCAGAGUUCCAAAUUCUUUACGAGGGUAUAUUAAAUUAAUUCUUAAUUUCAUUUA